AUUACUGAACAUUCAAUUUGCGGUAUUAUUCGUUCCUCUCCAAAGCUCCAGCAUCUUGAUAUUAUCUUUUGUGAAAUUACUGAUAAAACAAUCAAAGAAAUUGCUAAAUUACCGGGAUCCGAAUGA